GUUUUUUAAUAUUUUCUUCUUUUAGCAUACCUAUGUAAUAGCAGUUGGGAAAAGAAAAAAAAAAUUUUAAAAUGUGAUUAAAACAGGGCCACGUGAUUUGUGGCACAACUAACCAUAACAAUUUAUACCUUCUUCAUUUUUUAAAUCCAUGUAUAACUGGUGGAGGGAUCGAAAAAAUAUUAAAAAAUAUGAUGCACAAUCAAUUUAACAGGGCCUCUCCUAACACAAAAAUAUGAUGCAGCACAGUUUUGUCAGGCCCACGUGUUGGUCAUCGCGUGGUGCUUUGUUUGGGUUUUAUUUUGUUCCGUUUUGGUCCGCUCAUUUUCAACUUUUUUGCUUCACUGUCGCUUUAACCCGUUUUGUUUCCUCUCAUUUCCAUCUUUGUUUCACCGUCAUUCUCACAGCUUAAAUCCUUUUUGCCUCAAAAAUUCCUGCUUCGGGUCGUAGCAAAUUUUCGUGUUGUUGCUUUUAGUCGGUCUUUUGUGCAAUUCUGCAGCCUGCGGUUGCUCGGAAAAUACGAAAUCAAUAUUCAAUGGAAACAGUUAAGGUCACCCCUAUUGCAGAAUUGUGUCCUUACACUAAAGCAGCCAAAAUAAAGAUUCGUGUUUGUAGGAUAUGGAAAUCUAGCAUUUCUGCAACUGUUCACAAAUACGUAACACUACACUGUAUCUUGGUUGAUGAAACGAACAAUGCGGUUGAAGCAUCUGCGUCAGACUUCGAUUGUGAACCGGUAGCCUCAAAGAUUGACGCUGGUAGUUGUUACGAAAUCAUGAAAUUUCGCACCAUCAAAAUCAGAGGACGGUAUAAAGUGGUACCGCAUGAAACCCAGGUUAUAUUCACUGGUACAACAGUGUUUAAAAAACUGUCUACCGUCUUUCCACCCAUCCCUCGACAUCGAUUUUUCCUACUAGAUUUCAACAUGCUCUAUCCCCGUCUGAACAGAGAUGAUAUUCUUACAGAUGUAAUUGGCCAUAUAACUGCGGUCCAGCAAUUGGAAUCAAAACAGAUUAAUCAAAGAGUAGCGCAGAAGUGUGAUAUACGCAUUGAGAAUAUCAGAAAAGAAGAGUUGUCUGUUACAUUGUGGGCAGAUAUUGCAGAAGCUUUUUGUUCUCUAUCGAUCCAGAAGUUGUCUUUGCCGAUUAUUGUUGUAUUUACAAGUUUAAAAGUCAAGAUUUACCUAGAGAACAUCGUCUUGAAUAGUACUGGCUCCUCCCUUUUUUUCAUCGACCCAGACAUCCCGGAGGUUAACUCAUAUAAAUCAAUGUUCUCAACCUCUAAAGUCCCUGUAAAAAUACUGCCUCCUUCUUCAAGGCAAGCAAAUGAGGCUGAAAUUCUGCGUACAGCAAGAAGAGUAACAACAGAUGAGCUGGCCUUUUUGGAUCCUGAUUUGUAUAAGAAUGAUACAUUCCUAUGUAAAGCAUCUGUCAAACGUUUUGACACACGUUAUGAUUGGUGGUACAAUGCUUGCCCUAGCUGUGUCAAACAAAUGCAUAAGGACACAUCGACCGGACAACUCAUCUGUCAGAAACACCCUAACCAAAUUUCAACACCAUGGUACAAAGUUAAUUUGAUUCUUGAAGACAGCACCAAUGAAAUUAGUGCUUUGAUAAUUGGCAAAGCUGGAGAAAAACUCUUUGGUAUGCCCUGCAAAGAUUUGGUCUUGAAUCAGAAAUUGAUUGACCAACAACAACUGCCUAAUGAGUUUUUGCGACUGAUUGGACAAAAGAAGAUUUUCCACUUGCGAUUUGGAAAUAGAAAAAAUAGUUUCAACUCAAGUGAUGUACUGGUUUACAAUGUGUCUGAUGAUACAGCUAUAGAACCAAUAACUCCACAGAUCUUACCAAGAGCAGUCACAGUAUCUUCCACUACUGUAUCAUCUUCGACCUCACUACCUGAAACAAGUGGAGAAUCACAUAAACGAAAGAGGGAGUCUGUGAGGAAAGCUCUUUUUAUUGGCAGUGAACAGAGUGAAGCAGAAGAAAUUUCAGAAGUUGAUCCAAAAGAAUUUGAUGAAAUGCCUAUCAAAUUGCUGAAAAAAAAAUCACCUCCAGCUUCUGCAAAAACAGAUAGUCCAUCCAAAAAUUAACUAGGUUCGUUUCUCAAUGUCAACACUGAUAAUGCUCCUGCUACAAGACGUUUCCUCCUCUGCUACAAUAUAUUUUGCAUCUUUUCCUACUCUGUGUUAAACUUUGUCUAAGAUCUUUGGUGGUUUGUAAAUACCACUUUCUGCACAAAACUGGACAAUAUUUUUUGCAUCCCUGUAUACCAGCGUUUGUUAAUUUUUUGUGUACAGAAGCUGGUUUAGUUUUUAGAGUACAAAGAACAGCUAAAGUAGAAUAUAUAGCUCUAAUAUUUUUUGUAUCCCUGUAACAAAGUAUCUGCUAAUUUUUUGUUUGUAAAUAUGAUCAUCCUAAUCCAAAAACAGUUAUAAGUGCUGUGAUCCAA